UUUUGUGUAUUGUAAAAAUAAAAAAAAAACAAAUUAUUGAAGGUUGAAAUCCCGUAAUUAUGGGCGAGACUUUCUGUAAAGAUGACUUUUGGGAUUCUGAGCUAAGUUGGCGGGAAUCAGAACCAGAUUUUACUUUUUGUUUCAAACAAACUGUCUUAGUUUGGACACCAUGCGGCUUUUUGUGGCUUUUCUCACUGUUGGAUUUAAUGCGCCGACGAAACAGUCGUUAUCGCGAUAUUCCCUGGUCGUUUCUCAAUGUGACGAAAUCAAUUACUUUAUUUCUAUUGAUUUGUGUGAUGUUUUUUGACAUGUCAAUGCUGUUCAGUGUUCGCCAAGAAGAGCCAAUUUACGAUGUUCAAAUUGUGUCGAUUUUUGUCAAAAUUGCAACACUUCUUUAUGUAGCAUUCCUUCAACAAUUUCAUAAAAUUAAAGGUCAUCGAUCAUCAGGAUUACUUUUCACUUUUUGGGUGAUCUUCACAUUUUGUAGCAUUCCACAACUGCGAUGGGAAGUUAUUAACUUCAAUACUGGAAAUUUUGAUGGCGAAAAUAUUUCAUGGGCUGGAAUUCGUUUCAUCAUUUACGUAACAUUUUUUUCUCUCAUCAGUAUAAUGACAAUACUUAACUUCUUCUCUGAUAAACCACCACGUCAUUCAAGCUAUCCGAAAGCAACAAACCCAAAUCCAGAAAUAAGCUCAAGUAUGGCAAAUCGAGCAUUUUUCCUUUUCUUCGAUCCAACAGCAUGGAGAGGCUGGCGACGACCUUUAGAAGAACGAGACAUUUACGACAUCAAUCCCGAAAAUGCUUCAAGUGAACUUGUACCAGAAUUUGAUAAACAUUUCAAAGCAAGUGUAGAGAAACAGAAAAGAAAACAUGAGAAAUCAUUGAGAAGCAAAAGUCCCACGGCAGAGACAACUAAACCAUUAGUGUCCAUCUUUCCAGCGAUGGUCAAAACAUUUGCCGGACAUUUCUUCUUCUCGGCAAUCUUCAAAUUCUUCGUUGAUAUGCUGCAAUUCGCAUCGCCUUUGUUACUCGGUGCACUAAUUAUUUUUGUUGAGGCUGAAAGUGCUUUAUGGAAAGGAUUACUCUUAGCAUUCACACUUUUUCUUGUCACAUUCUUAAUUGCGUUACUUAAUGGGCAACAUGGAUUAACUUCUUAUCAAGUCGGAUUUAGAAUUCGAACAGCUUUGAUCAGUUCGAUCUAUCGGAAAGCUUUGAAAAUUUCCAGCCGAGCUAAGCGCAAUACAACAGUUGGAGAAAUUGUAAAUUUAAUGGCAGUUGAUGCGCAUCGAUUCUUUGAAAUGAUUCCUUAUUUACACAUCCUUUGGUCAGGUCCAAUUGUCAUGUCAUUAGCAAUCUUCCUUCUUUGGACAUAUCUCAAUGUUGCAGUAUUUUCGGGUCUUGCUGUUAUGAUUGCAUUAAUUCCACUUUCUGGCUUUAUUGCAACAAAAUUAAGAAACUUACAAACACAUCAAAUGAGAAUCAAAGAUGAACGUGUCAAGUCAACAAAUGAAAUUCUUAGUGGAAUGAAAGUCUUGAAACUUUAUGCUUGGGAGCCGAGCUUUGAAGAUUUAAUUUGUGACAUUCGUGAAGGUGAAUUAGUGUUUUUAAGGAAGGCAGCUAUUUAUAAUGCAGCAACUGAGUUCAUUUGGUCACUUGCACCAUUUAUGGUCGCACUUUUCUCUUUCAUGACAUUUGUUUUCCUUGGAAAUCGAUUAACACCGGAAAUUGCUUUUGUUUCGAUGGCACUUUUCAACAUCCUUCGAAUGCCGAUGACAUUAUUCCCAAUGACGAUAAAUUUUGUUAUGAUCGCUUAUGUGUCAGUGAAACGCUUGAGUAAUUUCAUGAAUAUGGAAGAACUCGAUGCUAACAAUGUGACAAAUAAUCCAAGUUUGAAUGCUUUAGAAAUUCAAGAUGGAACCUUUUCAUGGGGUGAUGAUAUUCCAACAUUGAAGAACAUUAACAUGACUGUGAAAAAGAAUAAUUUGUCGUCAGUUGUUGGACCUGUUGGAUGUGGAAAAACUUCUUUGAUUUCGGCACUUUUAGGCGAGAUGGAAAAGAAUCGUGGAAGUGUCAAUGUUGAUGGUAAAAUUGCUUAUGUUGCCCAACAAGCUUGGAUACAAAACGCAACACUUCAAGACAACAUCACAUUCGGAAGGCCUUUCAACAAAAGAUUCUAUCAACAAGUUAUUAAUGCAUGUGCUUUGACAUCUGAUAUUGCGAUGCUUCCUGGUGGUGAUCAAACUGAAAUUGGGGAAAAAGGAAUAAACUUAUCGGGAGGACAAAAACAACGAGUUUCUAUUGCACGUGCAGUUUACAGUGGUGCUGAUAUCUUCAUUUUUGACGAUCCCUUAUCAGCUGUCGAUUCUCAUGUUGGUAAACAUAUUUUUGAUAAUGUUCUUGGUGAAAAUGGAAUAUUGAAUGGAAAGACAAGAUUCUUAGUUACACAUGCAAUUUCAUUUCUACCGAAAGUUGAUGAAAUUUUUGUCAUGUCCAAUGGGGAAAUAUCUGAAAGUGGGUCGUAUAAACAAUUAAUGGCACAAAAAGGAGCUUUCUCAGAGUUUCUUAUUCAAUAUCUCCAAGAACAUAACAAUGAAGAGGAUUUGAAGGAAAUUGAAGAUUUGGUUGAUGAUGCUGAUUUAAGACUCAUGUUACAAAGACAAACUUCGGUGUUGUCGCAAAGAGAUCGAGGUUCAAGUGGCUCGUUAAGACGUCGAUCGAGUCGACGAUCAUCAACUCAAAGUGAAGUUAAAGAGAUGAAGAAGCCAGCAUUAGCGAAACUUAUUGAAAGUGAAGAUUCUCAAACAGGAAGUGUCGAUUUGGGCAUUUACUUGACGUACUUCAAAAGUAUCGGCAUUCCAUUUUCAAUAGUCAUUUUGCUAUUUAAUGCAAUUAAUCAAUCAAUGUCUGUUCUGUCAAAUUUUUGGCUUUCACGAUGGUCCACUGAUGAUCGAGCUCAUGAAGAAACAUUUUGGAGGAAUGUUUAUGUUGGAGUUUAUGGAUCACUUGGUCUUGUUCAAGGCAUUGCACUUCUUAUCGGUGCAGUGUUCUUCGCAAUCGGUGCAAUUCGUUCAGCACGAAAUUUACACAAAGGUUUACUGCACAACACUUUGCGUUUGCCGAUGUCGUUCUUUGACACGACACCGUUGGGUCGAAUUAUGAAUAGAUUUUCGAAGGAUACUGAUGUUAUCGAUGCCCUUUUACCACAAAUGAUGCGUAAUUGGAUUUGGAUGUUCUUCAGUGUUGUGGCGAUUUUUAUUGUUAUCUCAAUUUCCACGCCAAUCUUUAUGUCAGUUGCAGUCCCAAUCAUAAUUAUUUAUUACUUCAUUCAGAAGUUUUAUGUCGCAACAUCACGUCAAUUAAAACGAUUAGAAUCAGUGACGAGAUCUCCAAUUUAUUCGCACUUUAGUGAAUCUAUUGGGGGUCAAUCAACAAUCAGAGCAUAUGGAGAAAAUAAGCGUUUUACUGUUGAUUCUGAAACGAAAGUUGACCACAAUCAAUCAAUAUCAUAUAUGAGUAUUUGUGCUAAUCGUUGGUUGGGAGUCCGACUUGAAAUUGUUGGAUCAAUUGUCGUUCUCGCAGCUUCUUUGUUUGCUGUUCUCGCACGUGAAACAAUUGAUUCGUCGAUUGUUGGUUUGAGCAUUAGUUAUGCAUUACAAAUUUCGUCAUUGAUGAGUUUCUUCGUUCGAAUGACAACUGAAGUUGAGACAAACAUCGUUGCUGUUGAGCGAGUUGUUGAAUAUUCAAAACGACCUCAAGAAGCUGCGUGGAAAACUGUCGAUGUUAAUCCUGAAUGGCCACAAAAAGGUGUUGUUGAGUUUAAAAACUUUCAAGUUCGUUAUCGGGAAGGUUUGGAUUUGGUACUGAAAGGGAUCGAUUUCAUUACAAAAAGUCAAGAGAAAAUUGGAAUUGUUGGUCGAACUGGUGCUGGAAAAUCGAGUUUGACUCUUGCAUUGUUCCGAAUUAUUGAAGCAGCUGGUGGAAAAAUUUCUAUUGAUGAUAUUGAUGUUGCAUCAAUUGGAUUGCAUUCUUUGAGAUCCCGUCUAACAAUCAUUCCACAAGAUCCGGUAUUAUUCAGUGGAAGUCUUAGAAUGAACAUUGAUCCAUUCAACUCUUAUCCUGAUGAUGCAAUUUGGACGGCACUUGAACAUUCGCAUAUGAAAACAUAUGUCAAAGGUUUAUCUGAUGGAUUACAAUACAAAAUUACUGAAGGAGGCGAGAAUCUUUCUGUAGGCCAACGUCAACUUGUGUGUUUAGCACGAGCGCUGUUACGAAAAACUAAAGUUUUGAUACUCGACGAAGCAACAGCUGCGAUUGACAUUGAAACUGAUGAAUUAAUUCAAAAGACGAUUCGUGAACAAUUCAAUGAGUGUACAAUUUUGACAAUUGCACAUCGACUCAACACAAUCAUGGACUCCGAUAAGAUUAUUGUCCUUGAUCAAGGAUUGAUUGCUGAGUUUGAUACACCAGCAAAUUUAUUGGCAAAUAAAAAUUCCAUUUUUUAUGGAAUGGCAGAAAGUGCCGGUCUUGUUGGUGAUGACAAUCAAAAUGACGAUUUUGAUGAAAGAAAAGAAGAAUCGACUGACACAUAAAUCGAAAUUUAAAUUUUAUGUUUAAUCUGUGUAGCUUAGACAAUAUGUUUAAUAAAUUCUUCUACAACAUU